GGGGUUUGCAUUGAGGGAAAACAGUCGGUUUUCCCUCUGUUCAAUUCAUCAGAUACUCACGUUCUUUAUCUAGCCAUCUUCACAGCCCCGAAUAGUGAUGCUGCGGUCGGGUUUCUUGCAAAAUACAUACUUAGAAUCUGGGAAGAUCGACAAGACACUAAGGAUAUCGAAUAUCCUGUGGUCGUAGUAGACGCCCCUUCUGAUAUUGAACGCACUUUACAUACCACCAUUCCCCAGGUCGACGUGGUAACUUAUGAAUCAGUCGGAUCCAACUUCAAACAGAGCAAGAGGAAAGUCGUGAUUAUGAAUUCGUUUUCACUCCUUGGCGACCUUACCCAUGGUUCGAUCGAAUUGAAACGCAUCGGAUCUUUGGUACUAGGAAAUAUUCCUUCAUGUAAUGAGGUUUCAAGCAUCGCCCACCCAAUCGUUCGUAUCAUCAAGAACUUCUAUGCCGUUUUAGACCCUUUGUCAAGGCCCCUCAUUCUUGCCGGUAUUUUUGAAACUCCCAGUUCCUGCUCAAACGUAACGUUCGAUUCGCUCGUCCUGGAAGCUACAUUGCUUUGUAAGAUCUAUGGUCUGACUGCCGAAACACGUACAAAGUGUCUGGCCCAGUCGUACUUGGUUCAAGAAACCAUCGUUCCUUACGAUACGCCUCAUUCAUCACCAAUAACCCCAUUAGUCCGACAGCUUCGCUCGCUCAGUUCAACCGAUCCAUGCGUGCGACGUCUUUUAAAGGAUUACCAGCACACGCUGCCUCAACUUGGGUCAUGCGCUGCUGAUCUGGUAUGGAGACGCGGGAGCGAACAAAUACAUUUGCUUUCUUCGGAGGUUCAUCAACUCCUUCAAGGCUGUAAAAUUACAUCCCCAAACAUCGACAUAACCUCCCCGGGUUUCAAUCUCACUCCUAAGGUAUUGAAGUUGGUUCAGAUACUCAAAUGUUGUCAGGAUCUUGGUGAUGGCUUUCGGGGCGUCGUAUUCGUUCACCGGCGUAUAGUUGCAUACAUACUAGAAGAAUUAUUGUUAAUGCUUGAGUCUGAGCUUGGAUUUCUGCGGGUAUGCGUUCUGGUUGGUGCUAGGAGUCUCGACACGUCGUCUUAUGACGACGUACUCACUCAUUUGAAAGACGGAUUUUAUAAUCUACUCAUAGCAACUAAAUCUAUCGAGGACCUCGACAUACCGAAGGUUUCGGUCAUCAUCCAAUUUGACCUUUUCGAUAGUCAGUUAUCGCAUGCACAUGUUCUUUCGCAUUCUGGAAGCGAAUGUCAUCUCAUAACCAUGGUCGAGCGUGGCAACCCAGUGCACUCCGCCAUUAUUUCACAUCUGUCGAACUCCAAUACUCGAGUCCGUGCAUGGAUGAAUGUUCUCUGUCGGACUCCUCAAAGCUCCAUCGCUCGUGAAAUUCCUUACACAAAUGGAGACCCCUAUCUUUCUGACAGCGAACAAGAAUCUGAACACUCUUUCAUCAAGGACCCGACGACUGGCAGUAGAUUGUAUCCUCAGGAUGCCAUGAAUGCCAUGCAUAUUCUUGCCGUUGACGACGGCAAAUCGGGUGAUGAGGAGUCUUUGUACAACCCUAUGUUUGACUUCGAUAUUCAAGAUGAUGGCCGUUUUGUUUGUCGCGUAAAGGCAGCUGGUCAAUUUCAGGACGUACAGCAGUCGUGGUCGACUCCCAGUUCCACUAAAGCGGGAGCCCGUCGUUUGGCGUCUUACGACGCCUGUGCCCAUCUUUACGAGCGCGGUCUUCUUGACUCUCGCGUGUUCCCGAAAAACUGGACGAUUCCGCCUGACAGUGACAUACUCCCUGCCUUUGACCCCAUAGUCGUGGGAACUCGGGUUUACGGUAAAAAGUUACCAACUUUUUGGUCAAACAGUGCAUUAUUUUCCCUCGGUUCUUUGAAUCGUCUCUAUCCAGUGAUAAUCUCAAUUGAAUCCGGUGCAAACACAAUACCCCCCCACGCCCCUCUUCUAUUAUUGACACGGCAGCCCUUGCCCGAUGUGCCGAUGUUCAAUGUGUUCUUUGCAGGUUUACCGACUCGAAUCAGUUUGACUCGUGCUGAGCCUUUCAUGGUGAACGAACAUCAGCUGCAGGAUAUACAUUCAUACAAUAAUCAAUUAUGGCGGGGCGUUCUGAACAAACCCUACUCGGCCGCCCUUAACGAAACCCUUGCUCUUUAUGCCCCCCUUCAUUCCAGUUGGCGCUCGGGCAUUCUCGAUGUCUCCAGCCAUAUAUCCUGGGACUUAAUAUCUGCCACCGUCGAAAAUUGGAUCGUGCCGCUGAAUUACGACAGUCUGGAGGCUCUAAUGAUCGACACAGAAGAUGCGCUCAUUCAGGACAGAUGGACUCAGUACACUAGAAGAUAUGAUGCAGUCAAGAUUAGAUUAGAUCUCAAUCCUUUAAGCAAACCUCGGGAUCCGGAGCUCCAGGAAUAUGACAAUCUUGUCGAAUUUUGCAAGGCGCACCGAAGAGGUUUUGAGGGCCUAAAAGACUACACACAACCUUUACUAGAAGUAUCACUUUUCCCUUCUUUCAUAGAUCGACUCAACCCUGCUGCAGCCCCUUUUACACCAUCGACUUCGCAGCAUAAGUACUUGAUCCCAGAGUUAUGUGCUAAGGUUACCAUUCCUGCAAGUACGUUCCGUACAGCGCUGUUACUCCCAUGUAUAAUGCGGAGACUCGAUGAUUUUCUACUCGUGAAGGAGUUAAAUGCUGGCCUUCUUAGUCAUUGUGUAUCAGAGGGGUUAUUGCACGCUGCUAUCUCAGCGCCAUCAGCUGGUAUCGAAUAUGACUAUGAACGCUUGGAGUUGCUUGGAGAUGCGUUCUUGAAGCUUCUUUCGUCUAUCUACAUUUUUGUGAUGUAUCCGGAGGCUGAUGAGGCUUCCAUGCAUAACUACAGGCAAGCGAUCAUUGCUAACAAGUCCCUGUUGAGGAACGCCGUUGCAGUUGGUCUACCUGCGUUCAUUCAGUCGAGGCCUUUCAGUUUCAAGGGAUGGCACCCCCCUGAAAUUUCUUCGAGGAACACGAAUGAAGAUUUUACGAAUAUGAAAGCAAACAUUGGUUCGGAUGAUGAUAAUUUAAGUAGCGCCAGCGAGAUAAAGAGUGGAACGGGCUCGACCGUCGCAGGUAGAGAACAAAGCCCCAGAAAGACGAGAACCCGUUCACAACCAGUGCAACGCCUUGGUGACAAGGCACUUGCGGACGUAGUUGAAGCGAUCAUGGGUGCAGCACUUCUAUCUGGUGGCACAGAUGUGGCGCUCAAAGCUGCUAAAGCUCUGAAUCUUCCCCUGCCUGGCAUCGAGAAAUGGUCUGAUUUUGGUCAGAGAGUAGAAAAGGUCUUCGAACACGUUUCGGUAGAGAUCUCUUCGAGCACAAUCAAGGCAGUCGAAGCAGUGAUAGGUUGCCGGUUCAAACGACCACAAUUCUUGGUUCAGGCGUUAACUCAUAUCUCGAAAACCGGUGUCCAUUCAACAACAUACGAGCGUCUCGAGUUCAUCGGGGAUGCAAUAUUGGAUUUUAUGGUGGUCCGCCACGUCUUUCAUCGCCAUCAUAAAAUGAGUCCUGGACUAUUAAGCCUAUUAAAAGGCGCGAUGGUUUCGAACGCUGCUCUGGCGGCUGUGUGUGUUACUUCUGGUUUGCAUCAGCAUCUCUUGUUUGAAUCUGACAAGCUCGCCCACGAUAUUCGCGAGUAUGAGUAUCUACUGAGACGAGCUCAAACCGAAGAAUACACUUCAGCCGAAAGAGAAGGCCGUCCUGCUGGUCAAUUCUGGCACAAUAUUGAAUCUCCAAAGGUGUUGUCGGACCUUCUGGAAUCUAUUCUUGGUGCACUUUAUGUCUCUGAUAAAUAUUCACCGGUUGGAUCGGAUGCGUUUUUUGAAAAGGUCUUCAAACCAUUCUACGACCGCCACAUCACACUGCAGACGUUGUCGCAUCAUCCAACAAAAAUCUUAUUCGAGCUAUUACAGAGGAAAGGCUGUGAAAAGUUUUCACUUGUCAAGGAAUCCAAUGAAUAUCUUGUGCUUGUACAUGAUGUUAUCCUUGCUUCUACGCAAGAUGAGGUUGGUAUAUCAGGUGCCAAAGUUGCGUCAUCCAUUGGCCUGUAUGCGUUGGAGGGCGACCCAGGGUUUUUAGCUCGGACGUGUGAUUGCUGGAGGAAGGCGAAGUAGACAAUUGGAAGGGAUUAAAAUGUUCGGAUUGAUUUGUUUGAGAGCGUGACAAGUAA